AUGGAAUCUACCGAGUCGUAUGCGGCAGCUUCCCCUGAAGAGUCGACGAAGAGAUCUCCAGAACAACACGAUUCGUCGGAAGCUGACUCUGCUGAGAAGCCAACACACAUUCGAUUUCUUGUAUCCAAUGCGGCAGCUGGUUCCGUCAUUGGGAAAGGUGGCUCGACCAUCACUGAGUUUCAGGCAAAGUCUGGGGCGCGGAUUCAACUCUCACGUAAUCAAGAGUUUUUCCCUGGGACGACUGAUAGAAUUAUUAUGAUAUCGGGCACCAUUAAAGAAGUUGUCACUGGACUGGAACUUAUCCUUGAUAAAUUGCACAGUGAGCUUCAUGCUGAAGAUGGUAAUGAUGUUGAACCUAGGAGAAGAAUAAGACUUGUGGUUCCUAACAGUUCUUGUGGAGGCAUAAUUGGAAAAGGAGGGGCCACCAUCAAGUCAUUCAUUGAGGAAUCUAAAGCUGGUAUUAAGAUAUCCCCUCUGGAUAAUACCUACUAUGGGUUGAGUGAUAGGCUUGUGACUUUAUCUGGAACCUUCGAGGAGCAGAUGCGGGCAAUCGACUUGAUUUUGGCUAAGCUUACCGAGGACGAUCAUUACUCCCAGAAUGUACAUUCCCCAUAUUCAUAUGCAGGUCUUUUCUACUCUGGUUUUCAUGGUCAUCCAUAUGCGUAUGUGCUUCCUUCUGUUGCAACAGCGGGAUACAAUUCGGUUAACUACGCACCCAAUGGUUCUGGAGGCAAGUAUCAAAACCACAAGGAAGAAGCUAGCACCACGGUGACAAUUGGUGUAUCGGAUGAGCAUAUAGGAUUGGUCCUUGGCCGUGGAGGAAGAAACAUCAUGGAGAUCACUCAGAUGACCGGUGCCCGAAUAAAAAUAUCAGACCGAGGCGAUUUCAUUUCUGGAACCACCGAUAGGAAAGUGAGUAUCACAGGAUCACAGAGAGCAAUUCAACAAGCUGAGACAAUGAUAAAACAGAAAGUUGAUUCAGCCUCAGAGAGAGCCACCGAAUAA